GGCAACACGUGCUCUCGUUUGAGAUUGGACGGACAUGGACGUCGGACAGCCGGACGAGCGGCUCGACAUCAUCAGCGCUUAUGUGCAAAAGACGCUCAAACUCAAGCCCGAGAAAUGGACCAAGAUGAUGGCUCAGGAGGAGUACCGGGGGUUGCUGCAGGAGUUUGUGGAGCGGGGCGAGCACGGCGUGUUGCUGGUGACGGUGAACGGGGCCGCGCAACUCGUGCCCGCGCUCGGCUUCCCGCUCGCCCUUAAGAGCAAGGCCGCCUUCUUCGCGCGCGUACACCCCCUCGGCGCCGCCCCCGCCGCCUCCGCCGACGACCUGCGCCGCCUCCUCAUCCUCGGCGACCUCGCCCUGCGCCCCAUUGAGCAACUCGCGGCGCUCGUUGAUGAGGUUUUCGUGCCGCUGCUGUCGAACCCGCAGAACCACGAGGCAUGGCCGAUCGCCGUCGGCCAGGACGUCAAGCGCCACGUGCACGCCCUCAAGAGCACCGUGUACCAGGUCAAGGGUCAGGUCAGCGGCCAGACCAUCCUGCCCAUGCCCGUCGGCGUUGAGCGCGUCCACGAGGCUGAGGCGAAACUCACCAGCAGCAACGGCGAGCAGGUGGACAUGUACCUGAAGAGCGCUAUCGAGGCGGUGGUGACCAAGUGGGCCGCCCAGGUGAACGACGUGCUGGCGGAGGAGGGAGGUGGGGGCGGCUGGGACGCAACACCGGCGGCCGAAGUGGCCUUCUGGACGGGCCGCUUGGCCAACCUGGAGAACCUGUACGGGCAGCUGCGCGAGGAGAGGGUGCGCAAGAUGGCAGUGAUCCUGGAGAAGACGGACAGCGCAUACCUGCCCUGCUUUAAGACCGUGUUCCGCGGCGUCGUGGCCGCCCUGACCGAGGCGAGGGACGUCGCCCUGCACCUGCGGCCCCUGCAGCGCCAGGUGGCGCUGCUCGAGGAGGCGGCCGACCUGGCCGAGGCAGCACCCCUUGUCCGCCCCCUCCUCCAUGUUGUGUGUCUUGUCUGGGCCCACUCCCACUACUACCGCCACAACUCCAAGCUCGUCGUCCUCCUCCGCCAGUUGGCCAACCUGCUCGUCCUGCAGGCCAAACGCUUCCUCGACCCCUCCUCCAUCUUCCAGAGUGACGUUGACGAGGCCAAGCAACGACUCCAGCUCUCCAUCCAGGUGCUGCGGUAUUUCCGGUCAACCUUUGACGAGUUCCGCGAGUUGCUGCCCCGCUACUUCGGAGACCGUCCGCCCGUUCUGUGGACGUUUCACCCCAGCAUGGUAUUCGAACGCUUUGACUCUUUUCUCGAGCGACUCCUCCUCGUACAGGGGUUUUUUGAGACGGUGCUGGAGUUCCUGAAACUGGAAAAGGUGGAGAUCGGAGGGCUCAAGGGCAGAGGCCUCUCCGCCAAAAUUACCCAGGUUUUCCGCGACUUCAACGAGUGCUUUGCGGUGUUUGCAUGCAAAACGUAUGACGCGCUGGACCCUGAGGAGGAGGCUUUCAUCGGUGACCUUGCGACCUUCCAGGUCAAGGUCACUGACCUAGACCGCAGACUGGCGUCCAUCCUGUGCCAGGCCUUCGACGACGCCCACGAACUUGACUCAAUCUUCAAGCUGAUCAACAUUGUUGGCUCGGUGCUGCAGCGGCCGCUCAUCAAGCAGCGUUUCACCAGCAAGUACGACAACAUCGUCGCCCUUCUCCAGCAAGAGGUCGACCAGAUUCAGAGGGUGGUGGACAAGUGCGUGGAGAGCGACGUUUUCCCCGCAGAGAAAAACCUGCCGCCGUUGGCCGCGGCCCUGAAGUGGUCCGCGCACAUGGAACAACGCGUGUCGACCCCGGUGACCAACUUCAGGUCCCUCGAACACCCGGUGGUUCAGUCGGAACAGGCCAAGGUAGUGCUUGGGCGGUGCGACGACCUGCUGGCCAGGUUGGCCGCCUUGCGACGCGACAAACUGGCCGCCUGGAGGCUUGAUUGCGAGGCCAGAUGCGAGCAGAACCUUCAAAAACCCCUCUUCAGCACCAAGCCCAACAAGGAACUCGCCCUCAACUUCGACCCGCAGCUGGAGAGCAUGUUGCGCGAGGUGCGGUACCUGCAGCUGUUGGGCGCUGAGGCGGAGGUCCCGGAGGUGGCGAUGCAAACCUACGAGGACAUCGAGACCUUCCGCAAGUUCUGCUGCAACCUCAAGAUCACCAUCAUCAAGUACAACCAAAUUCACAACUUCAGCAAGCCGGUAGAGUUUGCGCUUGUCAAGGAGGACGUCGAUAAAAUCAACGAGCUUGUCUGCCUCGGCCAGACAACCUACCACUGGACAUCUCCUGAAUUGUGGUCUUUCAUCGAGCGACUGCACGACCUGGUGUGCGACCUGCACCAGCGGCUCAAGCAGAGCAAGGACAACCUGAACAGGGUGCACCAACUCAUGUGCGCGUGGUGUCGCGUGCCCCUUUUCGAGAGGAAGGACGGCCGCAGGGACGGCCUCCUUGUGCCCGCCGAACAGCUCGACCGCACUCAAAAAAGGUACGCAGAAAUUGUGGAGGUUUCUGCGGAGACGGGUCGGCUGGUGGAGGCGAACCUGUCGCUGUUCCACAUGCAGCCGGACGAGCCGCGCUGGCUGAGCUACGUCGAGCACGUGGACGAGGUGGUGCUGGACGCGCUGCAACGCACCGUCGGCUGCUCGCUCGCCUACCUCGCCGACAACAUGGACGGCGUCACGUCGUCGUCCAAGACGGCGGCGCCCUUCUUCGAGGCGCGCCUCGAGCUGCACGAGCCGACGCUCGUGUUCGUGCCGCCGCUCGACGACGCCGCGCCAGACUCCCUCGCCGCCAUCUUUUCUGGCCUCGUCGACCACGUGCUCGGCAUGGCCCGCCUCGUGCCCAGGGUGUCGCGUCGCCCCCACGCCCCCGCCUACGCCGACCACCUCAAAGGCCACGAAGACAUCAACGAGAUGAACGCCGAGAUCAUGGCCCAGGUCAAACUCGUCACCAAGCAGGCGCAAGAGCUGAGCGGCAAGUUCGACCGGUGGGCGUACCUGUGGCUGGACGACCGGCAGAUGUACAUGGACCAGUUUCUCAACUACGGCCGGCAGCUGAGCGGCGAGGAGAUGGAUCUCGUGGCGCUCGGCGACGCCAUGGCGCCGCCGCUGGCGCCGCCCUCGCUUGACCUCUUCAAGCAGCAGCUCGACCACUUCGAGUCCGUCUACCUUGAGAUCACCGCGCUGCCCUGCAAAGAGGUCUUCCACUCCUGGUUCCAGGUGGACGUGCGUCCUUUGAAGCAGACCCUGGAGAACCUGGCGCGGCGGUGGGGCAACAUGUUCCAGCAGCACCUGGCCCAGCACGUGGUCAGCAGCCUGACCUCGCUGGCCGAGUUCAUCCGCGAGGCCGACGAGGGCCUGAUGCGGCCGAUCGGCGACGGCGACUACGAUGGCCUCGUCCUCACCAUGGGCUACCUGCUCAAGGUCAAGGAGCGCCAGACCAGCACCGACCUGCUCUUCGAGCCGCUCCAGCGCACCAUAGACCUGCUCAAGCUCUACGACCAGGAGCUGCCCGAGGAGGUCCACGUCCUCCUUCAGGAGCUGCCGGAGCAGUGGCAGAACACGAAGAAGAACGCGACGACGGUGAAGCAAUUGGUGGCGCCGAUGCAGGCCAACGAGGUCGCCUGCAUCAGAAAACGCAUCCUGGCCUUCGACGCGCACCAGUCGCACUAUCGGGACUCCUUUCGUCGCAGCCACUUCCUCAAGUUCAGUUGCGAGACGCCGUACGAGCAGAUGGACGAGAAGGACGGGGAGAUCGGGGGCAUGGAGGCGGACAUGGGGCGGCUGCACGACUCGGCCUCGCUCUUCGAGGUCAACAUGCCCGACUUCAAGCACCUCAAGCAGAGCCGCCGCGAGCUGCGCAUGCUCAAGCAACUGUGGGACUACGUGCUGAUUGUGCGCACCAGCAUCGAGGACUGGAAGACGACGCCGUGGCGCCAAAUCGACGUUGAGAACAUGGACAUUGAGUGCAAGAAGUUCGCCAAGGAGGUCCGCGCUUUGGACAAGGAGAUGCGGACGUGGGACACUUACGUGCAGCUGGAGGCGACCGUGAAGAAUAUGCUGACGUCGCUGCGGGCUGUCGGCGAACUGCAGAACCCGGCGAUCCGCGAGCGCCACUGGCACCAGCUGAUGACCUCCACCAAGAAUCUCGCCGCCCUGCCGCCCGAGUACACGGUUCGGUUCGUGAUGGACACGAGCACGACGCUGGCCGACCUGCUGGCGCUGAACCUGCACGAGUGCGAGGAGGAGGUCAAGAACAUCGUGGACAAGGCCGUCAAGGAGAUGUCCAUGGAGAAGAUUUUGCGCGAACUCAACGCCACGUGGAGCACGAUGGAGUUCGAGCAGGAGCGACACGCGCGCACCGGCUGCCUCCUGCUCAAGGCCUCCGAGGAGCUCAUCGAGACCCUCGAGGAGAACCAGGUGCAGCUGCAGAAUCUGAUCACGUCCAAGUUCAUCGCGCACUUCCUGGAGGAGGUGUCGACGUGGCAGCAGCGGCUGAGCGUGGCCGACCAGGUGAUGACGCUGUGGUUCGAGGUGCAGCGCACGUGGACGCACCUCGAGUCCAUCUUCAUGAGUUCCGAGGACAUCCGGCGGCAGCUGCCCGAGGACGCGCACCGCUUCGAUCGCAUCGACGCCGAGUUCAGGGCGCUCCUGCAAAGGUUGGCGGCCACGCCCAGGGUCGUCCACGCCACCAACCAGCCCGGCCUCUCGCUCCAGCUGGCCGCCCUGCAGGCCCAGCUCACCCUGUGCGAGAAGGCCCUGGCCGAGUACCUCGAGACCAAGCGCCUCGCCUUCCCCCGCUUCUACUUCGUCUCCAGCGCCGACCUCCUCGACAUCCUCUCCAACGGCGCCAACGCCAAACUCGUCGUCAGGCACCUGACGAAGCUGUUUGACUCAAUUGCGCGGCUGAAGUGGGCGGCAGAGGGGAAGGAGGGGAGGGGCGAGCAGGAGGGGCUGCGUGCGGAGGGCAUGUUCGCAAAGGACGGCGAGUUCGUGGCGUUUGCUUCGGCCUGCGACUGCACCGGCGCGGUCGAGGUGUGGCUGAACAGGGUGCAGGCGGCCAUGCGCUCCACCAUCAAGGCCAACUUCACCGAGGCUGUGGUCGCGUAUGAGGAGAAGCCGCGCGAGCAGUGGCUCUUCGACUACCCCGCCCAGGUCUCCCUCUGCGGCACUCAGAUUUGGUGGACGUCAGAGGUGAACAUGGCGUUCGCCAGGCUGGAAGAGGGGUACGACAACGCGCUGAAGGACUACCAGAAGAAGCAGAUCGCGCAGCUGAGCACGCUGAUCUCGCUGCUGCUAGGUGAGCUGAGCAAGCAGGACCGCCAGAAGAUCAUGACCAUCUGCACCAUCGACGUGCACUCGCGUGACGUCGUCGCCAAACUCAUCCAGGCCAAGGUUGAGGCCGCCUCCGCCUUCCAAUGGCAGUCCCAGCUCAGACACAGGUGGGACGAGAAGGCGCGUGAGUGUUUCGCCAACAUUUGUGACGCCGAGUUCAGGUACUGCUACGAGUACUUGGGCAACACGCCGCGGCUGGUGAUCACGCCGCUGACCGACCGCUGCUACAUCACCCUGACGCAGUCGCUGCACCUGGUGAUGGGCGGCGGCCCUGCAGGGCCCGCCGGUACAGGCAAGACCGAAACCACUAAGGACCUCGGACGCGCCCUCGGGGUCAUGGUCUACGUCUUCAACUGCUCCGAGCAGAUGGACUACAAGUCGUGCGGGGCGAUCUACAAGGGGUUGGCGCAGACGGGGGCGUGGGGUUGUUUCGACGAGUUCAACCGCAUCUCGGUGGAGGUUUUGUCGGUGGUGGCGGUGCAGGUCAAGUCGGUGCAGGACGCGAUCCGCGAGCGCAAGCAGACCUUCAACUUCAUGGGCGAGACCAUCCCCCUCGUGCCCACCGUCGGCAUCUUCAUCACCAUGAACCCUGGCUACGCAGGUCGCACCGAACUCCCUGAAAAUCUCAAGGCCCUCUUCAGGCCGUGCGCGAUGGUGGUGCCGGACUUUGAGCUGAUCUGCGAGAUCAUGCUAGUGGCCGAGGGUUUCCAGGAGGCGCGCGUGUUGGCGCGCAAGUUCAUCACCCUGUACACCCUGUGCAAGGAGCUGCUGUCCAAGCAGGACCACUACGACUGGGGCCUCAGGGCCAUCAAGUCGGUGCUGGUGGUGGCCGGCUCGCUCAAGCGCGGCGACCCCUGCCGCCCCGAGGAGGAGGUCCUCAUGCGCGCCCUCAGGGACUUCAACAUCCCCAAAGUGGUCACUGACGACGUGCCCGUCUUCAUGGGCCUCAUCGGCGACCUCUUCCCCGCCCUUGACGUGCCCCGCAAGCGCGACCUUGACUUUGAGCGCACCGUCAAGCAGGCGGCCGCUGACCUCCACCUCCAGCCAGAGGACAACUUCAUCCUCAAGGUGGUGCAGUUGGAGGAGCUACUGGAGGUUCGGCACUCGGUGUUCGUAGUGGGGAACGCGGGCACGGGCAAGACGCAGGUGUGGAAGACGCUGUUCCGAACAUACCAGAACAUCAAGCGGCGGCCGGUCUACAAUGACCUCAACCCCAAGGCGGUCACCAACGACGAGCUCUUCGGCAUCAUCAACCCCGCCACCAGGGAGUGGAAGGACGGGCUGCUGUCAGUGCUGAUGCGCGAACAGGCCAACCUGACCAACGACUCGCCCAAGUGGAUCGUCCUUGACGGUGACAUCGACCCCAUGUGGAUUGAGUCCCUCAACACCGUCAUGGACGACAACAAGGUGUUGACGCUGGCGAGCAACGAGCGGAUCGCCCUAACGCCGCACAUGCGCCUCCUCUUUGAAAUCUCGAACCUGCGAACGGCCACCCCUGCCACUGUGUCGCGCGCCGGAAUCCUCUACAUCAACCCGCAGGACCUCGGAUGGAACCCGUACGUGACAAGCUGGAUCGAACGUCGCGCGCACCAGGCCGAGAAAACCAAUCUGGUCAUUCUGUUCGACAAAUACAUCCCUUCCUGCGUCGAGACCAUGCGCACGCGCUUCAAAAAGGUGACGCCGAUCGCUGAGAUUUCGCACAUCCAGACGCUGUGUCACCUGCUGCAGUGCCUGCUGACCCCCGAGAACACGCCCCCCGACUGCAACAAGGAGUGGAUCGAGAUCUACUUUGUGUUUGCGUGCAUCUGGGCGUUCGGCGCCUCCAUGUUCCAGGACCAGAUGAUCGACUACCGCGUCGAGUUCUCCAAGUGGUGGGUCAAUGAGUACAAGACGGUCAAGUUUCCCGCCAACUGCACCGUCUUUGACGUGUUCAUCGACCAAGAGACGAAGCAGUUUGUGCCCUGGAGCGAACGCCUUCCCCGCUUCGAACUCGACCCCGACCUGCCCCUCCAGGCAAUGCUGGUGCACACGCCCGAGAGCAUCCGGAUCCGAUUUUUCCUGGACCUGCUGAUGGGCCCGCGGCACCCGGUGAUGCUGGUGGGGCCGGCGGGCGUCGGCAAGACGGUGCUCGUGCAGGAAAAACUCGCCUCCCUGCCCGAGAGCUACGCCGUCGCAAACGUCCCCUUCAACUUUUACACAACCUCCGAAAUGCUGCAGAAAAUUCUGGAGAAGCCGCUGGAGAAGAAGGCGGGGAGAAACUACGGACCCCCGGGCAGCAAAACGCUCGUCUAUUUCGUCGACGAUUUCAACAUGCCAGAGGUGGACGCGUACGGGACGGUGCAGCCGCACACGCUGAUCCGGCAGCACCUGGACUACUCGCACUGGUACGACCGGACGCGGCUGAGCCUCAAGGAGAUCCACAACACGCAGUACGUGGCGUGCAUGAACCCGACCGCGGGCAGCUUCACCAUCAACCCGCGACUGCAGCGCCACUUCUGCGUGUUCGCCAUCAGCUUCCCGUGCGCCGAGUCCCUGCACACCAUCUACCACUCAAUCCUCAGCCAGCACAUGGGCAACCUAGAGCACCGCUUCCCCCACUGCGUCACCAGACUCACGCCAAACGUCGUCGCCGCCUCGCUCAACCUCCACCAAAAGGUGUCGCAGGUGUUUCUGCCAACGGCCGUCAAGUUCCACUACAUCUUCAACCUGCGCGACCUGACGAGCGUGUUCCAGGGUCUGUUGUUCAGCAGCGCCGAGUGCCUAGUGGCGCCAGCCGACCUGGUGCGCCUCUGGAUGCACGAGACGCAGCGCGUGUACGGAGACAAGAUGGCCGACGAGAAGGACAUCGAGCUCUUCGCCAAGAUACAAACCGACAUUGUCAAGAAGAACUUCGAGGAGGUGGACGAGACAGUGGUGGGGGAGAAGCCGAACAUCUACUGCCACUUCGCGCAGGGCAUCGGCGAGCCCAAGUACAUGUCGAUCGGCAAGUGGGAGGGCCUGAGCCGGCUCCUGCAGGAGGCCAUGCUGAGCUACAACGACCUGGUGGCGGCGAUGCGGCUCGUGCUGUUCGAGGACGCCAUGACGCACGUGUGCCGCAUCAACCGCAUCCUCGAGUCACCGCGAGGCAGCGCCCUCUUGGUCGGCGUCGGCGGCUCUGGCAAACAGUCGCUCGCCCGCCUCGCCGCCUUCAUCUCCUCGCUCGAGGUCGCCCAGAUCCAACUCCGCAAGGGCUACUCCGUCCAGGACCUCAAGUCUGAGCUGGCAGGGCUGUACCUGAAGGCAGGUCUGAAGAACGUGGGUAUCAUGUUCCUGAUGACGGACGCGCAGGUGGCGCACGAGAACUUCCUGGUGCUGAUCAACGACAUGUUGGCCUCGGGCGAAAUCCCCGACCUUUUCCCCGACGACGAGGUCGAGAACAUCAUCGCGGGCGUGCGCAACGAGGUCAAGGGCGCCGGUCUGAUGGACACGCGCGAGAACUGCUGGAAGUUCUUCAUCGACCGCGUCCGCCGCCAGCUCAAGGUUGUGCUUUGCUUCUCGCCUGUGGGAUCAACGCUGCGCGUGCGGUCCAGGAAGUUUCCGGCCAUCAUCAACUCGACCAACAUCAACUGGUUCCACGAGUGGCCCCAGGAAGCGCUCGUCUCCGUGUCAAGGCGCUUCCUUGAGGAAAUACCCUCUCUUCCGGAGGCGAACCGGGACUCGGCGGCGCGAUUCAUGGCGUUCGCGCACACCUCGGUGAACAACAUGUCGCGCGUUUACCUGCAGAACGAGCGGCGCUUCAACUACACGACGCCCAAGUCGUACCUGGAGCAGAUCAGCCUGUACGGCAAGUUGCUGGGCCAGAAGAACGUCGAGCUGCAGGCCAAGGUGGAGCGGCUUGAGAACGGCCUCGAGAAGCUCAAGAGCACCGCCGAGCAGGUCGACGACCUCAAGGCCAAGCUGGCCGUGCAGGAAGUGCAGCUCAAGGUCAAGAAUGAGGCGGCCGACGCCCUCAUCGAGAUCGUCGGCGUCGAGACCGACAAGGUCAGCCAGGAGAAGACCCUGGCCGACGAGGAGGAGCGAAAGGUGGGUCUGAUCGCGGACGAGGUGAGCAAGAAGCAGCAGGACUGCGAGGAGGACCUGGUGAAGGCGGAGCCGGCGCUGCUGGCGGCGCAGGAGGCCCUGAACACCCUGAACAAGGCGAACCUGACCGAGCUGAAGUCGUUCGGGUCGCCGCCAGGGGCCGUGACGAACGUGACGGCGGCCGUGAUGGUGCUGUUGGCGCCCGCCGGCAAAAUCCCCAAGGACCGCAGCUGGAAGGCGGCCAAGAUCGUCAUGGCCAAGGUCGACGCCUUCCUCGACGCCCUCAUCAACUACGACAAGCAGAACAUUCACCCUGAGAUCAUCAAGGCCAUCCAGCCCUACCUCAAGGACGCAGAGUUCGAGCCCGAGUUCGUCCGCUCAAAAUCUGCCGCCGCCGCAGGUUUGUGCGCGUGGGUGAUCAACAUCAUCAAGUUUUACGAGGUUUACUGCGACGUGGAGCCAAAGCGGAAGGCCCUGGCGCAGGCAAACUCGGAGUUGGCCGUCGCCCAGGACAAGCUGAGCGUCAUCAAACGCAAAGUCGCGAGUCUGGAGGAGCAGCUGGCGAAGCUGACGGCCGACUUUGAGCAGGCGACGGCCGAAAAGGUCAAAUGUCAGGAGGAGGCGGACGCGACGAGCCGCACCAUCGCCCUGGCCAACCGGCUCGUCGGCGGCCUCGCGUCCGAGAACGUGCGCUGGGCCGAGGCGGUCACCAGCUACCUGCGGCAGGGCACGACGCUGCCCGGCGACGUCCUUCUGGUGACGGCCUUUGUCUCCUACGUCGGCUGCUUCACCAAGCAGUACCGCCACGAUCUCAUCCACAAACUCUGGCUGCCCUCGCUCAAAACCCUCGAGCCGCCGAUUCUGACGACGGACGGGCUGGACGUGCUGAGUCUGCUGACGGAUGACGCGCAGGUGGCGCGAUGGAACAACGAGGGUCUGCCGAGCGACCGCAUGUCGACGGAGAACGCGACCAUUUUGGAGAAUUCGGACCGGUGGGCGCUGAUGAUCGACCCGCAGCUGCAGGGCGUCAAGUGGAUCAAGCAGAAGUUUGGCGAUGAGCUCGAGGUCAUCCGGCUAGGUCACAAGGGCGCCCUCGAGGUCAUCGAGAAGGCCAUCACGGCCGGGCGGACGGUGCUGCUGGAGAACAUCGAUGAGAGCGUCGACCCGGUGCUGGAGCCGUUGCUGGGACGGAACCUCAUCAAAAAGGGACGAGCCAUCAAGAUGGGCGACAAGGAGGUCGAGUACCACGCCCACUUCCGGCUCAUCCUGCACACCAAGCUGGCCAACCCGCAUUACAAGCCCGAGAUGCAGGCGCAGACCACCCUGAUCAACUUCACGGUGACGCGCGACGGCCUCGAGGAUCAACUGCUGGCCGAGGUGGUCAAGGCCGAGCGACCCGACCUCGAGCGGCUCAAGGCCGAGCUGACCAAACAGCAGAACGACUUCAAGAUCAUGCUCAAGAGUCUGGAGGACGACCUGCUGUCGCGCCUCUCCUCGGCCGGCGCCAACAUCCUCGGCGACACCGCCCUCGUCGAAAACCUCGAGACCACCAAGCAAACCGCCGCCGAGAUCGAGCGCAAGGUUGCGGAGGCGCGAGUGACGUCUGCGCAGAUCGAUGAGGCGCGCGAGCACUACCGACCUGCGGCCGCGCGCGCCUCCCUCCUCUACUUCAUCCUGAACGAUCUCAACACCAUUAACCCCAUCUACCAAUUCUCCCUCAAGGCGUUCAGCAUCGUGUUCCAGAAGGCGAUCGAAAGGGCGCCGGCGGCUGCGGAGGUGGCGCUCAGGGUGCGCAACCUGAUCGACUGCAUCACCCACUCGGUCUUCAUGUACACGUCCAGGGGCUUGUUCGAGUGCGACAAACUCAUCUUCGCCGCCCAGAUGACCUUUCAGAUUCUGCUGCGAAACGAGGAGAUCAACGCAUCCGAGCUGGACUUCCUGCUGCGUUUCCCAGUGACUCCGCACGUCCACAGCCCUGUCGAGUUUUUGUCCAACAACAGCUGGGGCGCCAUCAGGAGCCUUGCGGCCAGGGACGAGUUCAGGAAUUUGGACCGGGACAUUGAGAGUUCUCCGAAGCGGUGGAAGAAACUGGUCGAGUCCGAGUGUCCGGAGAAGGAACCGUUUCCGCAGGAGUGGAAAAACAAGACGCCGCUGCAGAAGCUCUGCAUGCUGCGCGCGCUACGCCCGGACCGCAUGACCUACGCCCUUAAGGCGUUCAUCGAGGAGAAGUUGGGGCCGCGCUUCGUUGAGGGACGAACUGUUGAGUUUGCCAAGUCGUUCGAAGAGUCGUCACCCAGCACGCCCAUCUUCUUCAUCCUCUCGCCAGGGGUCAACCCCGUCAAGGACGUGGAGAGCCUGGGGCGGCGUUUGGGCUUCAGGGCGGACACGCAGAACUUCCACAACAUCUCUCUGGGGCAGGGUCAGGAGGCGGUGGCCGAGGAGGCCAUGGAGAUCGGCGCCAAGCACGGCCACUGGGUCGUCCUCCAGAACAUCCACCUGGUGAAGAAGUGGCUGCCGCAGCUGGAGAAGAGUCUGGAGCACCUGGCGGAGGGUGCGCACCCUGACUUCCGCCUCUUCCUGAGCGCCGAGCCCGCCAACACCCCCUCCGCCCACAUCAUUCCUCAGGGGAUCCUGGAGUCUUCGAUUAAGAUCACGAACGAGCCGCCGACGGGGAUGAACGCGAACCUGCACAAGGCACUGGAGAACUUCAACCAGGAGACGCUGGAGAUGAGCGGCAAGGAGGCAGAGUUCAAGGCUAUCCUGUUCUCGCUCUGCUACUUCCACGCGGUGGUGGCCGAGCGGCGCAAGUUCGGCGCCCAGGGCUGGAACAGGGUGUACCCGUUCAACGCGGGCGACCUCAACAUCUGCGUCAGCGUGCUCUUCAACUACCUGGAGGCGGCAAGCAAGGUGCCCUGGGAGGACCUGCGCUACCUGUUCGGCGAGAUCAUGUACGGCGGCCACAUCACCGACGACUGGGACCGCCGCCUCUGCAUCUCCUACCUCGAGGAACUGAUGCAGCCGGAGCUCGUCGACGGCGACCUCCUCCUCGCCCCCUCCUUCCCCGCGCCACCUAAUCUAGACUACCAGGGAUACCACCAAUACGUGGACGAAGCGAUGCCCGGCGAGUCGCCGUAUCUGUACGGAUUGCACCCGAACGCCGAAAUCGGAUUCUUGACGGCCACGUCGGACACGCUGUUGCGGACGGUCUUCGAGAUGCAGCCCAGGGACGCUGGUGCCUCAGGGGGCACCUCCGUCACCCGCGAGGACAAGGUGAAGCAAGUGAUCGACGAGAUUCUGGAGAAGCUGCCGGACGAGUUUAACAUGAGCGAGAUCAUGGGCAAGGUGGAGGAACGCACCCCGUAUGUGAUCGUCGCGUUCCAGGAGUGCGAACGCAUGAACCACCUGACCAACGAGAUGAAACGCUCGCUCAGGGAACUCGACCUCGGGCUAAAGGGCGAGUUGACGAUCACUUGCGACAUGGAGAAGUUGGAGACGGCGCUGUUCCUGGACCAGGUGCCGCAGGUGUGGACCGAGCGGGCGUACCCGUCGCUGCUGGCGCUGGGGGCAUGGUUCGCCGACCUGCUGCUGCGGCUGCGCGAGCUGGACGCGUGGGCCUCGGACUUUGUGCUGCCGGCGACCGUGUGGCUGGCGGGCUUCUUCAACCCGCAGUCCUUCCUCACCGCCAUCAUGCAGAGCACCGCCCGCAAGAACGAGCUGCCCCUCGACAAGAUGUGCCUCCAGUGCGAGGUCACCAAGAAGCACAAGGAGGACUUCACGAGUGCGCCGCGGGACGGGGCGUACGUGCACGGGCUGUUCAUGGAGGGGGCGCGGUGGGACGUGCAGGCCGGCGUGAUCGUGGACGCGCGACUCAAGGAACUCUUCCCCGCCAUGCCCGUCAUCAACAUCAGGGCGAUCACGCAGGACAAGCAGGACCUGCGCAACAUGUACGAGUGUCCGGUGUACAAGACGCGCCUCAGGGGCCCCACCUUCGUGUGGACCUUUAACCUCAAGACCAAGGACAAACCCUCCAAGUGGACCCUGGCCGGCGUCGCCCUCCUCCUCCAAAUUUAAUACACCCAAGAUCGCUUCUUGUGCAGAUCAAGGAAAAGAAAAGAAAAAUCAAUAACCAUUUAAUUCACCAAUUGUAUGGAGGUCUCAAUAAA